AUGUACGUUUAUAAAAGAGACGGUCGCAAAGAACCUGUCCAAUUUGAUAAGAUUACCGCCCGUAUAUCACGUUUAUGCUAUGGUUUAGAUCCAAAGCAUGUUGACGCCGUCAAGGUCACUCAGCGUAUUAUUUCCGGUGUCUACGAAGGUGUCACAACAAUCGAACUAGACAAUUUAGCCGCUGAAACAUGUGCUUACAUGACAACUGUUCAUCCAGAUUACGCUACCUUAGCUGCUAGAAUCGCUAUUUCUAAUUUACAUAAACAAACCACAAAGCAAUUCUCUAAAGUUAUCGAAGAUCUUUAUAGAUACGUUAACGCUGCUACUGGUAAACCUGCUCCCAUGAUAUCAGAUGAUGUUUACAAUAUUGUCAUGGAAAACAAGGAUAAAUUAAACUCUGCAAUUGUGUAUGACAGAGAUUUUCAAUACAGUUAUUUUGGUUUUAAAACUCUAGAACGCUCUUAUUUAUUAAGAAUUAACGGUCAAGUGGCCGAACGUCCCCAGCACUUAAUCAUGAGAGUCGCGUUGGGUAUUCACGGUAGAGACAUCGAGGCCGCUUUAGAAACUUAUAACUUAAUGUCUUUAAAAUACUUCACUCAUGCCUCUCCAACUUUGUUCAAUGCUGGUACUCCAAAGCCUCAAAUGUCCUCUUGUUUCUUGGUUGCCAUGAAGGAGGACUCUAUAGAAGGUAUUUAUGACACUUUGAAGGAAUGUGCUUUGAUUUCCAAAACUGCUGGUGGUAUUGGUCUACAUAUUCAUAACAUCCGUUCUACUGGUUCUUAUAUUGCUGGUACAAACGGUACAUCUAACGGAUUAAUCCCCAUGAUCCGUGUUUUUAACAACACUGCACGUUAUGUUGAUCAAGGUGGUAAUAAAAGACCUGGUGCCUUUGCCUUAUACCUGGAACCAUGGCAUGCUGAUAUCUUUGAUUUUAUCGAUAUUAGAAAGAAUCACGGUAAGGAAGAAAUUCGUGCAAGAGAUUUGUUCCCUGCUCUAUGGAUUCCUGAUCUUUUCAUGAAGCGUGUUGAAGAAAAUGGAACGUGGACUUUAUUCUCCCCAACAUCAGCCCCAGGACUAAGUGACUGUUACGGUGAGGAGUUUGAAGCCUUAUAUACUCGUUACGAAAAAGAAGGUCGUGGUAAAACUAUUAAAGCACAAAAGUUAUGGUAUUCCAUUUUGGAAGCACAAACCGAAACUGGUACACCUUUUGUCGUUUACAAAGAUGCUUGUAAUAGAAAGUCUAAUCAAAAGAAUUUGGGUGUUAUCAAAUCAUCUAACUUGUGCUGUGAAAUUGUUGAAUACUCGGCCCCAGAUGAAACUGCUGUUUGUAACCUGGCCUCUGUUGCCUUGCCAGCGUUUAUUGAAACGUCGGAGGACGGUAAGACUUCUACAUACAACUUUAAAAAAUUACAUGAAAUUGCUAAAGUUGUCACUCGUAAUUUAAACAGAGUUAUUGAUCGUAACUACUACCCUGUUGAAGAAGCAAGAAAAUCUAAUAUGAGACAUAGGCCAAUUGCCUUGGGUGUUCAAGGUCUGGCUGAUACUUUCAUGUUGCUACGUUUGCCUUUUGAUUCUGAAGAGGCUCGUUUACUAAAUAUCCAAAUAUUCGAAACUAUUUACCAUGCUUCCAUGCAAGCCUCUUGUGAAUUGGCUCAAAAAGACGGUCCAUACGAAACUUUCCAAGGUUCUCCUGCUUCUCAAGGUAUACUUCAGUUUGACAUGUGGGAUCAAAAGCCGUACGGUAUGUGGGAUUGGGAUACUUUGAGAAAAGAUAUCAUGACACAUGGUAUUAGAAACUCUUUGACAAUGGCUCCAAUGCCUACUGCAUCCACCUCCCAAAUAUUGGGUUAUAAUGAAUGUUUCGAACCAGUUACUUCCAACAUGUACUCCCGUCGUGUCUUAUCUGGUGAAUUCCAAGUUGUCAACCCUUACUUGUUGCGUGAUUUGGUUGAUUUGGGUGUUUGGGAUGAAGGUAUGAAACAGUACCUGAUUACCCAAAAUGGCUCCAUUCAAGGUUUACCAAAUGUCCCACAAGAACUAAAAGACUUAUAUAAAACCGUAUGGGAGAUUUCACAAAAGACUAUUAUCAACAUGGCAGCCGAUCGUUCCGUUUAUAUCGAUCAAUCACAUUCCUUGAAUCUAUUCUUGCGUGCCCCAACCAUGGGUAAGCUAACAAGUAUGCAUUUUUACGGGUGGAAGAAAGGGUUGAAGACAGGUAUGUACUAUUUGAGAACACAAGCUGCUUCUGCUGCGAUCCAAUUCACUAUUGAUCAGAAAGUCGCUGAUCAAGCAACUGAAAACGUUGCCGACAUCUCCAACUUAAAGCGUCCAACAUAUAUGGCUUCCAGUGCAAGUUAUGCUGCGAGUGAUUUUGUGCCUGCAGCCGUGGCUGCCAAUGUGAAUAUCCCAUCUUUAGAUAGUUCUUCGGAGGCUUCAAGAGAAGCAUCUCCAGCUCCAGCAAGUAGUCACUCAUUAACUAAAGGAAUAGCUGAACUGAAGGUCCAAGAAUCUAAAGUAGAGGUUCCUGAAGUACCCAUCUCAAAGAAGGAAGAGAAGACAGCCCCUAUUCCAGAUGCUGAGGAAACUGAAUUCGAUAUUUACAACUCCAAAGUUAUCGCGUGUGCUAUUGACAAUCCAGAAGCUUGUGAGAUGUGUUCCGGCUAA